AAUGUUCAUUCUCACAGACUCGAGUUCAACUGAGAGGAAUCGCAGGCGACGAUCUCUUCGAGAUUCCUUUUCUGGAAUUUUCUUCUCCGAUACAGUUUCUUACUCAACACGAAAACGAAAAGCUAAGUUCACAGAACCGAUCGCUUGGAUUUUUUCGAUUUUUAGGGUUUUACAUCCUUGCUUUGUGAUCGAUUAGGCCACAAAAAUCAACGUAAUAGGAUUCCUAUUUCGUGUAUAUAGGGGAAUUCGGCGAUUAUUUGCGUUUUUUAGAAAAUGAGUAAGCUUUUAGGAUUAUCAGGCAUGAAAGGCCGGGAUAACUUCAAAUCGCUGGCCGGAGUUGGUUUAGGAGCUGCGAAAGCCAUGCCGAUAACGACGCGCAUGUCCGCUGACAUGGUUUCUUCUGGAAGUUUUGCGAAUUUGAAGCUGACAGCAGAGAAAUUGGUGAAGGAGCAAGCUUCUGCUAAAACUGAUCUGCAAUUGGCGAACUCUAAAUUGAAGAAGUUGAUUGAAGAUAUUCAUAUGCUGGAAGAAAAGUUGCAAAAUGCGUACAAUGAAAAUGCUAAGUUGAAAGUGAAGCAGAAAGAAGACGAGAAGCUUUGGAAAGGACUGGAAUCUAAAUUUUCUUCAACAAAGACCUUGUGUGAUCAGCUAACUGAAACUUUACAGCACCUAGCUGGUGUAGUUCAGGAUGCUGAAAAAGACAAGGCAUCUUUUGAAGAUAGACGAUCUGCAACUUCUGUUGUUAUUGAUAACUUGCAGGACAACAUGAAAGCCCUCUCUUUGAGGCUGGAAUCCUCUGAAGAAACUGUUAGAAAUUGUGAAAGGGAGCUGAAUGAACUCGGUAUCGAGAAGGAGAAAAUGGAGAACUCUUUCAGGGUUGAACAGAGCAAAAGUAUCAGUGUAAUUGAGGAGAAAGAUGCCACGAUCAAGGAAUUUGAAGCUACUGUAGCAGCUAAUGGACUUGCAGUGGAGAAUUUGAAGUCCAAGUUGGAAGAGUUACAUCUCGAAUCAAGAUUAAAAGAAGAUGAACUGGAGGACUUGAGGAAUGUCAAAAAGAAUUUGGAGAAAGAAAGAAGUGAUUUGGUAUCUAGAAAUAGCAACUUUGCUAAACAAUUAGAUACAUCACAUCAGGAGAUAAAGAACCUUAAUGAGUUUGUGAAUGAAAUGGUGAUAAAGUUUACUCAUUUGGAUAGUCAAAGUCUCGUCUUUGCGGAGAAGAUAGUUCAGCUUAAUGCUUUAUUUGACGCUGGAUUUGAAAUGAUGAGAGAGAAGGGGGAACUUGCUGCUCGGCAUGCUCAACGAAAGUUUGACAAGCUCCAGGAUCAAUAUACAAGCGUUACAUCAAAGAAAAAUUCUCUAGAGCUAGCUAAUAAGGACUUGAAGGACAAAGUCUCUGCACUUCAGAACGAGCAAGAACGUGCAAUGGUGCAGCAUGCUGAAGAAUCCCGUUUAGCAGAAGAUCGGAUUAGAAAAUUAGAGUCUGAAGCAGAACUGCUUCUUUCCAAGAAGAUGGAGAUGGAAGUGCUGAUUAGCAAGCUGCAGGAGAAUGUUGUCGCUUUAUCAGAAAGUUCAAAACUAUCGGAGAAUGAAAUGCAAAAUUUAUUGGUGAAACUCUCUGAGAUGGAAACAGAAAACAAGGACCAUAUUGAAAAGCUUCAAUCAGACAUGCAGAAAAAGGAAGAUGAAAUCCAUCUUUUACGCAAGGAAAUUGACAAGUAUACAGAAACAGUGGAAUCACUGGAAAAGCAUGUUGCAGAGAUUAACAAUAAAUUGGAGGAGAAAGAUAAGCUUGUUCAGGAACUUCAGGACAGGCAGAAACAAUUGGAAGCUGAGAGAGAAAAGAUUCAAGCAUCUUUGCUUGCUGCUGAAAGCAACCUUGCAGAAGCUAAAAGGCAGCACGAUCAGAUGUUAGAAAGCAAACAACCAGAACUUUCUAGGCAUUUAAAGGAGUUAUCUCAGAAAAAUGAUCAGGCCAUCAGUGACAUCCGGAGGAAGUAUGACUUGGAGAAGUUGGAAAGUAUCAAUCUAGAGAAGGAGAAGGCUGAAAAAAUUGUUGGAGAGAUGGAAAGAAACUGUGAGUUAAAGCUGUUGGAAUGCAGAGAAGAAUCUAAUCAGAACUUGAAGCAUGUACAGGAAGAACAUGCUGCUUUGGUAUGUAAUAUUCAACAAGAGCACAGCAAGAAGGAAAUGAGUCUUGUUUCCAGUCACAAUGAAGAGCUAAAACGUGUCCGACUUCAGUAUGAAAAUGAACUGAGAGAAAAAACAAGUUCGAUGAGGAAUGAGCAUGAAGCUCAGUUAAGAGCUCUGAGACUUGAGCUUGAGGAUGAAUGCAGAAGACUGCAGGAGGAGUUGGAUAUGCUGAAGUCUAAAGAGGAGAAACAGAGGGCUCUGUUGCAGUUGCAAUGGAAAGUAAUGGGAAAUAAUCCGGAAGAGGAAGAAGUGACUUCAAAGAAGAAGCACUCUGGGUCAUUGACCAAAAGAAACCAAUCUGAUAGUUGCAAAAGGGGCCAGCUUGCACCGGUGAGAGAUGAAGCUAAGGAUGUGGAUGCACAUUAUCUGGAAGGAAGUCAAACGCCUGUAUCAAAUUUGUUGAGGAAAGUGGAGAAGGUGAAUACAGGAAGUGUUAUUAGUAUGCCCAAACAUAGUAGGAAGGUGACCCAUCAUGAAUAUGAAGUUGAAACCACAAAUGGCAGAACAAUCACAAAACGAAGAAAAACGAAAAGCACAGUCAUGUUUGAUGACCCAUCAAAGAACAAGAAGAAAAGGACACCAAAAGUGAAGACUCCCAGAGAGGUUAUCAGGAGCAUUAAAGGAGGAGGUCAUCCGAAACCUGCAAACAUAGGUGAAGAUGCAGAGCUUCCUAGAGAAUCUGAAACUUUGAACUGGAAAUGUGUGUGUGCUGAUUCUUUGAUUGCAGACUUAUAGCUGGCUGCUUUCCACAUUGCAAGGAACUAGAAGUUUACUUCCCCCAAAAAUAAAAGACUGUAUAUAACUGCAAUUAAUGAGUGAAAAAAUUCUGGGGGAAAUAAUGUGAUUAGAGCCCGGUUGGAGAGGACGUGCACCAGUGUAAAGUCACCAGUUGCGUAGAACUACAUAUAUUUUUGUUAUGUGCUUCCAAACUGCAUUA